UUUUGCUUCUCCUCCUGACCAAAUGCUCUGCAGUACCAUGACUGCUCCAAAAGGAGAUGCACCGCUUGUGCUCCGCUGGCUUCUGGCAGCCCGGUGCCACUGUGUUUGCUUGCAUUGUUGAAACGCUGCAUGAAACGGCCGGUGAAGGACCGCUCGUUUAUACCGUAAACAUCCCGAACAGGACACAUCAGCGCUCAAAGAAUCAGGCGAGUAAAUGGGAUAUGCUCUUGAAACGAAACGACGAAGAAAACCUCUGUCUAAAAAUCGAUUUUGCAGCUUGUUGUGCUCUGGCGUCGGCUCGUCCUUCUCGCCAUAUUGGUGCUUGACUAUAACGUUAUACAACGGAUUUCGCGCAAACCAGGACUGUUGCGUGAGCCAGCCGAGCCCGUGCGGUGAGCCCGCUGCAGUGUUUUUCUCAAAAUAUUCGUCUACACAAGCCCUACCUGGGACGGGCGCUCAUAGAGAAAGAAAGAAAGAAAGAAUGUACAAACAGUUGACCUCACCUUCGGCGCAAACCACUCAACCGACAGUUGCGUCGGAACAACACAUCAAACCGGCGUGUACGUUCACGCAAGUCACACAGCAACUCUUUACCAACCCCACGGCGCCCCUUCCGGAUCUUGCACAGUUGUGGUAUUGGGGGUUCUCUUCUCGAAAGGAUUACUUUGAGUAUUUACGUCGUGAAGAGUUCGGUGGCGAACCCGUCACCAAACCGUCCGACGAUCCUGACGGCACGUUGGCCAAACUCGUGGCUCAACUUGGAGUGCCACGGAGGCAGCGAAAAUGAUACUGAGUUGCACGCCGCCGGAGUUGGAAAAGACACUAACCCUCCGUUCUCGGGCAGCCAUGGGCAGCCCCGAAAGCCAGGCGUCCACUGGGCGUCGAAGGCUAGGUGCAUCCAGCUCCAGCACCGGUCGUCGUCCUGUCACUCGGAGGCGCAACAACAAUGGUGACGGAGCCGGCGCCGCUUCGGGAGAAGGGGGCGGUGGAGGGACCGGCAAUGGCAAUGGCAAUGGCAAUGGCAAU